AUGGAGCCAGAAAGCGGGGCCCAAGAGGGUCCUCCAGCAGCCCUCCAACAGAGCCUCGAAGACACCGCAGCCCUCAAGGCAGAACUCGAUCAGACAAAGGCUGAACUCGCUCGGCUCCAGAUCGAAUCAGAGUCCGACCUGAACGCCGCCAAUGCUCGGGCUAUCGAGCUCGAGGCAAAACUGAACAGCCAGAACGGCCAGCGAUCCCAGCUAGAACAGAGCCUGCAAGAGAUCCAGCGGCUCAAAACAUCACUCGACGACCGCCUCGGAUCCGAUCAGGCCCUCACCCAGCAGCUCACAACCCUGCAGUCCGAGAAGGCAGACUUGCUCAAGCUGAUCCGCGACAAGGAGAACGAAUUCGCUGAUCUCGAAGCCGAACUCCACUCAAAAACCGAACAGCUCUCGUCUGCAAAAGCGGCGAUCAGAGAAUUGGAAGGCGCUCUGUCGGACAGCAGGGGCUCCGAAAGAGCGCUUCGCCUGCAAUCCCAAGCACUACAGUCGGAAGCCACCCUGGCCGGCUCGGAUCGCGACUUCUAUUCCAAGGAGCUCGAGCGCACUCGCGAAGAAUGGCAAUCAUUCAGAAUCGAAAGCCAUCAACAAACAGCAAACCUUCAGAAUGAACUCGACAAGCUGACGUAUGCCCACCAGAGUACGACUACCAACCUGACAACCCUCCGAUCGCAGCAUACCGAGCUCCAGAAGCUCUAUGGAGACGCGACCGAACGGAUCAAACAGCUCACCAACCAAUCCAUCGAAUCCGAGGCCGCCUUCCAGAAGGAGAUCGAGGCGCAGAAACGGGUGACGAUGCUGAUGGACAAGAGGGACAAGCAGCGGGAAGAACGGAUGGAAAGCUUGGAGAGAGAGUUCAACGAACGAAGGGCCGAGCUCGAUCAGCAGGAACGCACGAUCAACGAGGCUCUAGAAAACGAACGCGCUCACGUCGCAGAGCUGGAACAGAAACUGGUCGAUACCACUAAUGCACUCUCGAGACUGUGCGCUUCGGAGAUCGAUGACAGCGACCAGCCUCAAGACCUCCUCGACAUUGCCGCCAAUACGCCUCUCGCCCAUCGCGCGCCUGGAACGCCACUCUCGAGGAAGCAACAGAACGGCGUCUUCUUCUCCAACGGUAUCAGCCCGGCAGCGGCUAUGGCCAGCAAACUCCAGAAGAGCGGCAAGAGUCUCACCCAAGUUUAUACCGAGAAAAUCGUGCUCGAGGAGGAACUCAAAAAAGUCCAACUCGAAAACGUCCGCCUCAGUGAGACGAUGAGUCAGAUAUUAGGAGAAAUUCAAGACCGGGCGCCCUUACUGCACCAACAAAGGGUCGAGCACGAUAGAAUUGAGAAUGAAUGUAUCAAUCUAACAUCUCAACUUACAGAAGUCAUUGAAGAAAAGGAGGAAGCUCAGAGAAUGUACCAAAGCUGCAACCUCGAUCUCACAGCUCUCCAACGAGAUUACGACCUAGCUAAUUCACAGCUCAAUGAUCUAAGCCUGCAAGUCCGAUUGCUCACGGCGGAAGUCACCAAGCGCGAAGCCGGCGAUCCAUUCGCCAUCAAAGGCGAUUCAGAAGACCUCGAGAAAGACUUGUCGAAUUGGCGCGACGCACAAGUCGAGGAGGAUGAAGAUGUCUUGCUCGCCAACGACCUUAUCACCUUCCGAGACAUCGCUGAUAUGCAACAGAAAAACCUCAAACUGCUCCUGUUUGCACGAACGCUGACCACCAAACUCAACGAGCUCGAAGAAAACCGGAACAGUAAAAAUGAGGACGAUGAAGAGGAGGACGAAAACACAAAACAGGCCAUCGACGAAGCUCACGAACUGAUCCUCAAGCUGAAGACCGACCUCCAUUCCGCGCAACAAAAGAGUGAAGCACUCUCCAGAGAACGCGACAUGCUCAGGAAGAUGCUCGACCAGUCGCAAGCCAAGAACUCGGGCGACCGUGCUGCGUUUGAGCCGGAUACCAGCGCGCCAGAUGGAUCUCGACAGAAGCUUGACGAAAUGCGCACACAGUUUGAAGUCUACCGCACCGAAAUCGGCCGCGACUCUAAACAGAUGAACGAAGAUCUCAAUCAAGCCAGGACCGACCUGUCCCGCACACAAGUCUUGCUUGCCAAAGCUAACGCCCAAAUCGAAUAUCUCACAGAAAGACAGCGCUCCCUCGAUCAGACCAAUGCAAUGCAUGCUCAGGAGGUACAGACUCUCACAGCUUCGAGCGCCAAGCUGCAAGAUCACAUUUCCAAGGGAGAGAUGCUGCUGCAUCAUGCCAACGAGAACGUUACAGAACUCAAGGCUAAGUGCCAUGUACUGCAACACCAAGUAGAAUCAUUGACAACUGAACGCGAGGUUUGGAAGGGCGUCGAAGGGCGAUUGAUGGCUGAAAAUGCCAGUCUGACACGUGAACGUAACAAUAUCAAUGAUAUCCUAAGAAACAUGCAAGUCAUGCAGGGCGAGAUUGAGCGCAAUGCGGAGGACUCCCGUCGACGCUUGGAGACUCAGCUGUCGAAGUCCGAAACCCAGCUAUCUGAAUUGAAGGAGAAACUUAAAAUCGAAGCGGACCUGGCUCGACAGGCUACCCUCCAACGACAAAUCGAAGGCAGGGAAUACCAGUCCAAGAUUGAUAAACUGACUAGCGAGCAUUUGACAGCUAGAGAAAAUCUCAGCGCGGCUUCCGCCACCAAGAGCCAUCUGGAAUCUCAAGUGAAUCAGCUCCAAAAGCAGCUGAGCAUGAAGGAAGAGAGGCUUGCUGUCUACGAGGGUCAUCGCCGAUCUGAUACUCGAUCCAAUCAAACCGGGAAUGGCGAUGCACCUGGGUCCAACGAUCCCAGUCUCACGAAGGAGCAACGCCUAGAGAUUGAGCUAUCAGAAUUAAAGAUUGAGCUUGCGGCCGCGAGAGAGGAGUGCACUCGGGCUCGGCAAAAUGUGGAACAAUUCAAAUCGAUUUCAGAGAGUGCCGAAGCAGCUCUUGCGUCCCUCACAGCAACGCAUGACGAAUACAAGAGGUCACAGGAAGCUGAGCUCGAACGGAAACAGAGUGCCCUGACAUCACUCGAAGAACAUUUGAGGAAGGUUACCGAGGAUCUCUCUGCUCUUACCAACCAGAAUUCCGAACUGCAUCGCCAACUAGAGUCCCAACGGGCCGACUUCGAGAAGGAGAAGCUGGCCCUAAACAACAAGUUAGUUGACUUGGAAGAGAUUGAGACCAGGGUGAAGGCACGCGAUAAUGAAUUGAGAGCGGAAGUCAAUAACCAGAUGAAGCUUGCCCAGGAAAGCCACGAUCGCUACAAAGCCGAGGUUCAAAACCAUGCCAAUUCUCUCAAUGAAUUAACGCAAGUCAAAUCAGAACUGGAAACCGCUCGGGAGUCGAUUCUAGAGGCUCAGACCACCGCUCAAACAGCUACUGCCAAACUGACUUCCUCUGAGGCUAGCUGGUCAGAACAGAAAGCUACGCUUCAAAAGGAGCUUGCCAAUAUUCAAACUCGAUGUGAUGAUCUGGUCAAGCAAAACGACUUGCUUCAUGAGCAUCUCCAAACUGCUAGCGCACAGGCAACCAAAUUAUCGAGUCACACCAUCGAUCAGGCCGUGGGUAGUGAUCCGGGAGAACAGAAAGUUUCGCAGAACAAUCUGAACGAAAACAUGCUCGAAUCCGUCGAACAAUUACGUGGGGUGAUCCGCUACCUCCGGAAUAAUUACGAUAUCGCUCAACAACAAAUCGAGCUCUCUAAAAUGGAAUCCGCUAGACUCCAACAGCAAUUGCAGCAUGUUUCUAAGGCCCUAGAUCAAACUAAGAUGGAGCUCAACCAAGAGCGAGAGAGGAGCCGAGAAGGCUACGUAUCAUCUGCUGAACACGCGCAACUGCUCGAUCAAAUCAACACCCUAAAUAUGAUCCGAGAAAGUAACGUGACCCUGCGAGAGGAAGCCAGUCGAUCGGAGCGUAAAGCCAAGCAAUUGGAAGAGCAACUGAAAACGACUUCCGAAACUGUCGAGCCCCUCAAACAGGAGCUACGGGAAUUGCAACUGACUGUGCAACAGUACCAGCAAGAGAUCGGGAUCCUGAAUGAAGAUAAUCAACGGUGGAAGCUCAGGAAUCAGCAGAUCCUUGAGAAAUACGAUCGCAUCGAUCCCGCUGAACUUCAAGGUCUUCGCGAUGAAAUCGAGCGACUAAAUCAAGAAUUAACUUCAACUCGUGAAGAAAUAGCACAACUUCACCACUUUAGAGACAAAUUCAGAAACAUUCAGGCCCAGGCUCGUGCCGUCCGGCAGAAAUCAGUAGACGAAAAGCUCGCGCUCGAAGCCAAACUUACCGCAGUCAAUGAGGAACUUGACAAGGUUAAAGAGGUUGUUCGCACCCUGGAAAAUGAUGCCAAAAGUUUCCAAACUCAGAAUACGGCGGUUGUCGAACAAGCGACUGCUCAAGCUCAGGAACAGUUACAGACCCUCCGCCAAGAAAAGGCUGCCGCCGAAUCUAGCUUGGCCGACGCUCUUGUAUUCAAGAGUCGGGCUGAUGAGACCCAGGCUUCCCUAGAUACCCUUAAAAAAGAACUCGAUGAAGUCAAAGCUGCUUUCGAGGCCCGAGAAAGUGAAAUAUCCAAACUGCUUAGUGAAAGUACUGGUGCUGCAAAUACCAACAAGCAGCUUACUGAACAGUUGACUAAACUCCGGGAAGAAGCAUCUCAAAAGCCGCCGAACGAGAUGUCUGAGGCAGCAAUUGAAGUCGAAGUUUCCAAGCGCGUUCAAGAAAAGCUUGCUGAUAUGUCAGUCCAGGAACCAGGUGAAAUAACUGGAGGGACGAGCGACGAACAAGUUCAAGAGCAGCUCAAUCAAGUGAAGCAGCAGGCUCUUUCUGAGAAAGUGGAAGCCGUCCAGAAGGCGAUCGAAGAGACUACUCAGAGACUCACGGCCGAGUUCGCCAAGUCGCAGGCUGAGGCCACCGAAAAGCUCAAAGCAGAAUUGACAUCAACAGCGUCUAAUCCGUCCACCACUGUGCCGGAAGAUCUGAUCGAAGCUCGUGUGUCUUCCAAGAUAGCUGAAAUCAAGAAGGAAUUGGAGGCCACCGCAGCGGCGAAGGAGCAAGAGCUAGUCAGCAAGCAUGAAGCCGAGCUUACGGAAGCCCGUAAAGCUCAGACUCCAGCCUCGGCGCAACCGACUCCAGAACAGAUACAGGAAAUCACCAAAGUGGCGGUUGAGACGGCAGUCAAGAACAAAGAAGCCGAGCUUGUGCAGUUGCACAAAACAUCAACAGACGCGACGAUUGAACAGACUAAAAUCAAAUUGAUGGCGGAGUUGCACUCGAAACACAGUGUUCAACAGAUGCAGCUAAAGCGACUGCAAACCAAGAAUGCCGAACUGCUGGCCAAGGUCAACGAGCUCACCGCGCAGCAGUCGACCUCUCCUCCAACCGGUGCGACCCCAGCUGCAGCUACCCCCGGCACACCGCUCGCUGCAACGGCGUCUGCCUUCGCUCCCACGUCAACCACCCCAGCCGGAUCGCCAUUCCAAUCGGUAGCGAACCGGGCGGCUCCUGCCCCGUCUGCCCCUGCGCCCACCCAGCCCAACCAGCCCGGCGCGGCACCGACCUCGCUACCCCCCGCAAACAGCUCGGGUUUAACAAUGAGAGGUGGCGGUCAAGCUGGUCAGAUAACACGAGGCACAGUAUUCGGAGGUCGCGGAGGAGCCACUCGGGGCGGCCUAGCCCCAACCGGAGGGAGCAUAUUCGGGAGUGCGGCUCAAGCAGGAACGGGCUCGACACGCGGCACGAUGAUCACGUUCGGAGGGACGACGAGAGGAACAGCCUUUGGAGGCCGCGGUGGCAUGGUUGGCCUCGGGAGGGGCGGCGCGCCAGGCAGCGGCGGCGCAGGCGGAGGGGUUCCGGCCGCAGUCGGCACGGCGGUAGUGCCUACUGGCCCGAGCACCGCUGCUGCUAGUGGCCCGAGCGUGGGACUGCCGCCGGAGAGCCGGACGACGGAGAAGCCGGCGGGGCCAGCGGGAAGCGUGAGCAUCCGCGGCGCAGCGACGAACAAGAAGGGCGGCCCGGGGAGCAUCCUCGGCAUGGCGAUGAAGCAGGCCAUCUCCGCCGACGGCUCUAUCCCGCCCGCGCAAGCCCCCCUCUUCCCCUCCUCCUCCUCCGCUCUUCCCGCCGCAAGCUUCCCCGGCAACCCCGCCCAUAAACGGCCCCGCGAGGACGACCCGGCCGGCCCUGCCAGCGGUCCCGGAAACACGUCUCUGGCCGACCCUAACCAUCUGAAACGCGCUAAGGGACCCCCGGCCAUCCCGUCGUCCUUUCCGCAGACCGACAACGGGAGCUCUCUUGGGAACGGUGCUGGGGCUGGGGGUGCUGGUAAUCCGCCUACCGAGCUCGCGGCCCGGCUCAGCAAACGGCCCUGA